AUGCAGCAGCAACUGAUAAUCGCCCUUUUGGGCAUUUCUUUGCUGUCAUUCACAAAUGCCUUAGACACUACAAGCUUCGUCACAUCCACCUCAACAGUACCGUCUGUAGACAACCAAGAUGAAAGCGACAAGCAAAGAGAGCCUGUUCUUCCAAAAAUAUACGAGAUGAGGGUAGACACAAACGUUUCUAAUAGAUUUGCCAAGAGCCAGGUCACUAGUAAAGUAAGAAAUUUAGACAAGCAUGCGCAAGAGGCAACUUUUUCAGUUGUUAUACCAGAACAAGCGUACAUUUCUGGAUUCACCAUGGAGAUUGAUGGAAAACAAUAUGAGGCUUACAUCCAGGAGAAGGAGGAAGCCAAAAAUACAUACAAGAAUGCUGUAGCUAGUGGUCAAUCUGCUGGACAUGUAGCAGUGAAUGCAAGAGAUUCCAAUAGAUUUACCGUAUCUGUCAAUGUAGAACCACAGCAAAAAGCCACCUUUUAUCUGAGAUACGAGGAAUUAUUGGCUAGACAGAAUGAAAAAUACGAAAUCGUCAUCAACAUUCAUCCAGGGCAGCCUGUGAAACAACUAGACGUGCAAGUCAAUAUUGAAGAAACUAGGCCACUCAAAUUCGUGAAGGCUCCGCCAUUGAGGUCAGGAAACGAAGUCGCCAAGAACGAAGAGAAAUUGAAUCCGAACGCUGAAGUGACUUUGUUGAAUAAGACUUCAGCAAUAGUCAAAUUCAGUCCAAAUGUGGAAAAACAAAAGGAAUAUGCCAGUGGAUUAGGAACUGACCAGAAGAACGGUUUGGCUGGACAAUUCAUCGUGGAAUAUGACGUAGAAAGAGACCCACAAGGAGGAGAGGUUCUUGUCGAUGGAGGAUACUUUGUCCAUUUCUUCGCUCCAAGCGAUCUGCCCCCACUUCCCAAACAAGUGGUGUUUGUUCUUGAUACCAGUGGUAGUAUGGAAGGUAUAAGAGUAACGCAGCUGAAAGAAGCAAUGCGUAGUAUUCUAUCAGAACUAAAGCCAGAAGAUAUUUUCAACAUCGUAGAAUUUGGAUCCAUUGUCAAAGUAUGGAACGUGGAAAAAGUUGCGGUGCAGUAUGAAUCGGGAACUUCUUAUUGGGGCUAUCCUGAUGAAGAAGAAGAACCUGUUUUCAAAAACCGAACGGAACAACCUUUACCUCCUGCAUACCCUGCGACAGAAGAAAACCUGAAGAAAGCCGAAAAAGUGGUGCAAAAAUUGAAAGCCUUCGGAGGCACUGACAUCAACGAAGGUUUGAAAACGGCACUAACCCUCAUUGACAAGAACCAUCUUGAAGACAAAAAACAUCAACCUCUAAUCGUUUUCCUGACUGACGGUGAAGCAACAGUAGGAGAGGUCGACAAUGACAAAAUCAUAAGGACAAUCACCGAAUUGAACGGGGGCAGGACCCCCAUAUUCUCCCUGUCUUUCGGAGAUGGUGCCGACAGAAGCUUCUUGCAGAAAAUCUCUCUGAAGAAUCUAGGCUUCGCCAGACAUAUCUACGAGGCGGCGGACGCUUCUCUGCAGCUAGAGCAGUUCUACAAAGAGAUCUCUUCGCCCCUUCUGUCGAACGUAUCGUUCAAGUACGUCUCUAACGUUUCUGAGGUGACCAAGACCAAGUUUCCUAUUCUGUUCCACGGGUCCGAAUUGGUUGUUGCUGGACAUACAGAUGAGUUCAAAAACUUCUGUCCUGACUGCCCGGACCCCGGCUUCAAAGUGCCCAUCGUCGAAGGCUGGGGCGUCCACGGCCCCAUCCAGCUCACUCCAUCCAUCCACAGCUCCGUGGGGCCGCUGGAGCGCCUCUGGGCCUACCUCACGCUCAAGCAGAUCCUGCAGCAGCGCGAGGCGGCCGACAACAAGACGGGACCCACGCAGGAGGCCCUCCGGAUAGCCCUGAAGUACUCCUUCGUCAGCGAUGUGAGUUCGUUGGUGGUGGUCAAGCCGAAUGCCAGCCAUGCGGUGGAGACAGAGGACGCGUCCACUGAUAAACGUUAUCCAAUAAUAGCUAGUGGACUUCCUUUGAGUGCAGGUGGCCCAAGUAUCAGUUAUGCACAACUUGGUCAAGCUCAACCUAGCCCCUCUUUCGCUUUCGCUCCUGCAUACAGUGAGCCUGCCUUAUACGAGGAAUCAGAUUAUGACAAUGACCGAGUUUAUUCUGGAGCAGGUGGGUUCAUUGCAUCAACUACAGUGGGCCCCCGACUUGUGUCUAGUACCCAGGUUCCUCACAAUGCAACAGCAAAAAUAGAAGAAUCCUCAGAAGUGGAUAGGUUGAAGAAAAAUUUGCCUUGGAUUGCUAAUAUAUUGAAUGAAGAUGGAGAACUCAACCUUACAUCUGGGAAAUUCAUUCUGGGCUUGAACGAGACCAUUUCCGACCACCCUGUAUGCCCGAAAACGCCCUUGGACCAACCGGGAGAAUGCACGCUCAUCAACAGUUGCCCUCAGAUAUUCGACAAACUUACGAGUUUGCAAGUUUAUGAGCAAUAUUUCUGUGAUUUGAAGGGAUUUGCUGGGGUGUGUUGCCCGAAAGAAGAGAAACAAACAAACUGA